AUAAACCCAGUAAUAACAAAAUGUUCUGAAUAUAGUGUAUGAAUGCAUGUAAAUGAAAGGCAAAGUAGCAUUGAGGAGGCUGACUGGCUCUGAUUGGGUCUAUAGCCGAGCUGCACGACCAGCACCAGAUUUCAAGGAGAUGAUAUCCCUCUUGGUUAAUCAUUAAAUCCCAGAAUCCAUUGCCAGUCUUCUGUAAAUAAGAUAAAUGGCCCUAAGGUAGUCACCUCUGUGACGCACCAUUUCAGAGAGAGCGGAGCUUUAAUUAAGACUGGAAGGUGUUAUCUUGCCCAUUCUUGGAUUAAUGAACUUUUCCAGGAUUAAUGUUAUAUUUGAACGGUUAUCAUGCUACAGGUUUAUUUUGUGAGCAUUUGUUUCUGAGGAAAGAGGAAAAGCAACACACAUAGUUGACAAAUUGUUUAAAUGUUUUUUUGGAGAUUCGUUGGGACGCUUUGGAGAUGCGUAUCAUUUCAGGAAUGGAUAUAUGCAUCACAUUGCCAAACGUUAGAAUGGGCUGUUGAUUUUGGAAUGUUUUAACAAUUUAGAUGUUGAGGGCACUUUUUUGUAUUAUUUGACUUGGUGGUUUUAAUUUUGCAUUCCAGUUUUUCUUUUUAAUUUCUCCUUGAACAUGCCAAUGAAAAGAAAUAUAGGGAGUCCAUUGAAGAAUGACACGUUUCAUCAACUACAAGCGUCGCAGACAAAGAGAGCUUGCAAAAACGCAGAUGACCUCCACUCUACAAUUCGUGUUGACCAAGAUAAUCUCGGGAAAAACAUGUUUUUCAAAGCCAGGCUUGAUGAGGAGGAGGAUUCUGGCAUUAAAUCAGAAGCUGAUGAAAGUAAUGGAAGCAUAUCCUCUGAAGAGGACCUGGGCCACCUGGAUUAUUCUAAGACGUUCUCUGUCAAACAAACUGUGCCAAAGAAAAGCAUCAGUCAGAUCAUCAAGGACAAGAAGAAACAGACUCAACUUACUUUACAAUGGCUUGAGGAAAAUUACAUAGUUUGCGAAGGUGUUUGCCUGCCACGGUGCAUCCUCUACGCUCAUUAUCUAGACUUUUGUCGGAAGGAGAAAUUAGAUCCUGCAUGUGCUGCCACUUUUGGGAAGACCAUAAGGCAGAAAUUUCCUCUGCUUACAACACGAAGGCUUGGAACCAGAGGCCAUUCGAAGUAUCAUUAUUAUGGUAUUGGAAUCAAGGAGAGCAGUGCGUAUUAUCACUCUGUGUACUCUGGAAAAGGUUUGACACGAUUCUCUGGAAGCAAGCUAAAAAAUGAGGGAGGAUUCACCAGAAAAUACUCUCUUAGUUCUAAAACAGGAACUCUUUUACCUGAAUUCCCGAGUGCACAGCAUUUAGUGCUUCAGGAGUCUGUUUCAAAAGAUAAGGUCGACACAUUGAUUAUGAUGUAUAAAACCCACUGUCAGUGCAUUCUGGACAAUGCCAUUAAUGUCAACUUUGAGGAGAUCCAGAACUUUCUACUUCACUUCUGGCAAGGAAUGCCUGAACAUCUCCUGCCGCUGCUAGAGAAUCCGGUUAUCGUGGACAUCUUCUGUGUGUGUGACUCUAUACUCUAUAAAGUUUUGACUGAUGUUCUCAUCCCUGCUACUAUGCAGGACAUGCCAGAGAGUCUUUUGGCAGAUAUUCGAAAUUUUGCCAAGCACUGGGAACACUGGAUGGUGUCUUCCUUAGAGAAUCUUCCAGAAAUCCUCUCAGAAAAGAAACUGCCGAUAGCGCGACAAUUUGUGUCCUCCUUAAAGAGACAGACCUCCUUUUUACAUCUAGCACAGAUUGCAAGACCUGCACUUUUUGACCAGAAUGUAGUGACUUCCAUGGUGAAUGAUAUUGAUAAGGUGGAUCUGAACAGUAUUGGUUCUCAAGCACUCCUUUCAGUUACAAAUGACCAAGAUUCAGACUUCUACUCUGAAUAUGACUCAAUUUCAGUGUUUCAAGAGUUGAAAGACCUCCUGAGGAAAAACGCCACAGUAGAGUCUUUCAUUGAAUGGCUGGACUCAGUGGUCGAGCAGAAAGUUAUUAAGCCCAGCAAACAAAAUGGUCGGUCAGUGAAGAAGCGAGCUCAAGAUUUCCUUCUGAAGUGGAGUUUUUUUGGAGCACGAGUGAUGCACAAUCUCACCCUAAACAACGCUACUAGCUUUGGCUCGUUCCAUCUCAUUCGGAUGCUUUUGGAUGAGUACAUCCUGCUAGCCAUUGAAACCCAAUUCAACAACGACAAAGAGCAAGACCUUCAGAAUCUACUGGAGAAAUACAUGAGGAGUGCAGAUGCUAGUAAAGCUACUUUUACCGCCUCCCCAAGUUCCUGUUUCUUGGCCAAUCGGAAUAAAUCCGGUGUGGCGUCCAGUGAUUCAACCGUCAAGGACGAGAACCCACCAGAACAUGAUUUCCUGUCGCUCACAGCUGCACAGCAGGGGCUCGGGACCAGUACCGUUGUGUACCAUAGUGCCGAUCCGGACAACUUUACUAUAUCUGGUCAAAUGGAUUACUCGCAGAACAGCGCCCCCCUGAUGACCCCUCCGAUCUCUCCUGCCAUGAUCAACCGUAGCAGCGUGAUCAACCAGGGCCCGAUGGCUGUGAGGCCGCAGAGCAGCUGCCCCAUCCAGCCCCAAGUGUCCUGCCAGACCUUCUCCGACGGCAUGUACCAGAGUCUGCACAAUUCUAGUUCCGGCUCCUAUCCCAGCUCGUCUUACUACCAGCCUGUGUUCAGAGCUCAGACUCACACUCCAACAUCAGCCUAUCAGGCUCGUGCUGAAAGCGGCCGCUACGCACCCUUCUCUGGACACCAGCUGACCAAAGACUGCUUCAGCAGCAGCUGCACCGUGUCUCCCUACAGCUCGAGGGUUGCAGCGACUGGAUACGCAGCCUCAGGUGACCCUGUGAUGGAUACCGAGGGCAUACAGCUGCUGGACUCCGCAGCGUACAGCUUUGGGGGAAGUGCUGCCAGUGGAGAUGGAUGUUCAGGUCCAGUUUGCAGCUCUGGGCACAAUGGAUAUUACAGCAGCAGCGGGUAUGUGGACGCUCAGAGGAUGGGCACGUUUAUUGAUCAGCAUGUGUCAGUUAUCAGCAGCGUGAGCAGCAUUCGCUCCGUUUCGGCCUAUGCUGAAGUACACGACCCUCUCAACAUCCUGGACGACACGAGCAGGAAGACAACAAGACCCUACUACACUGAUCUCUCCGCAAUGGGCACACACACAGCAGGAUCCAGCAUCGCUCAUUCCUGCUCUGUCUCGACACCCUGCAUGUAUGGAACUCCUGCUCCUUAUCACUCCCAGAAUGCACUGCUGCCUCUCCAGGGGACCACAGAUAUUAGAGAAAUGGUGUCGUCUCUGCCCCCCAUUAACACUGUGUUUAUGGGGUCAACUGGAGGGCCGUCCUGACCGAAACCUUAGCUGUAAUUCAACAUCUCUGCUGUACUCACAGAAGGUGAGACAUGUUUUAGCUCAUCUGUAUAUCUGUCAGUGCAUUUUUCAUUGUUAAUUACAUUGCAAAAAGACUAAUUGAUUUACUGAACUGUUGUUUCUUUGUGCUAACAGUUAGGAUUAUGACAGGUAAUGGCCCAAUUAUAUCUUUUAUUUAAGGUUUUGUAGUAUAAUACAAUUUCAUUAUUGUUCUUGAUUUGGCAUUCUUGUAUAUACUAAUAAAAAAUAUAAUUUUUUUUUUUUUUUUUUUGCUUUAUUUCUGGAGGUCAAACUUUAUUAUUUAAUUAACUACAAGCUAAAUAACAUCUACACUGUGACCAUCUGAUAUCAUUUGUUAAAUGUUUCCACAAAUGUUUCCAUAAUUAAAGAGCCUUUAUUCAGCCUUUGUUUUCAAAUGAUAUCUUUCUUGGAAAAA